AAUGAAAUAUCGAUUAACGGUGUUCUUAUCUGUCACAAUGUCAUGUAUGACCUUAAACUUCCAUUAUUUAUAUCCCAAAUAAGAAACAUAAUGUCUUAAUAACACACCAUAAGGUUGAAGAUACAUUUACAAGUAACAAAACAUAAAAAUAAUUAAUUUCACUCCUCCGGAUUCUGCAUCGUCCGCCAUUACUUUGUAUGUGUAUUAAGGCAAUGAAUCAAAAGUGACGUCGUUGUCAUCUCGAAGCGUAAAAGAGAGCUCUAAACAUAAGUGACAAAACUUCAGAUAAAUUAAGCAUUAAUUUAUAUGUGUAAUGUUUCAAAUGAAAGAUCUUGAUCAGUACUGUAACAUAAUAGUAAUCUUAAUCGACAAUUUCCUAUAGUAUGUUUGUAAAUCAUGUAUAAAUUAUGACUAAAUUCAUCCGAUUUUUCCCCCAAAUGUAAUGGUUUCUAUUGAUGUCUAUCGUGAUGGGGUAUUAGAACAAUGUGUUAAGAAUAAAAUAAAAGCAUUUUCACAUCUGCGCGUGGUAGCGCUUUACAGCGCCCAGCCUCCAAAGUGGGAUGGUGUGUACAGGCGAUUUCGGCAUUUUCCGUAAAAUACCGUUUCCAGACGAACAUGACCGAAUGUUCAUUCGUACAUGAUCGGUAAUAUCCGCAAUUUGAGUAGCCCCCCUUUACUACUCUCUGCUCUAUAAGCCGACACGGAAAAAAUCACUACGAAAUUUGGGAACAUAUUUCACAAUAUCAUGUAUUGAAAGGAUAUAUUACGUUAUCUUUAUACACAGAAUAGUUCGUUACUAUUAUUUCUAUUAAAUGUGGACUGACAGUAUUAUCAUCAUACAUAGUUCAGAGUCUGAAGAAGAAGACGCUGAUCAUAAUCACCAUUUCAAGAGACAGAAAACGUGUGAUGAGUCAUAUGUAGACAGUGAUGCAACUACACUGCCACCAAGUGACAAUGAGACUCUGCCGCCUGCUCUUAAGUUGUAUGUGGAUGUUGACAGUGAUGUGACUACAUUGCCACCAAGUGACAACGAGACUCUGCCUCCUUCUGAUAAGUUGUAUGUAGAUGUUGACAGUGAUGUGACUACAUUGCCACCAAGUGACUACGAGACUCUGCCUCCUUCUGAUAAUUUGUAUGUAGAUUUUGACAGUGACGUUACUACAUUGCCACCAAGUGAUGAUGAGACAAAACAUCCUUUAGAUCUGUUGUAUCUACAUCUUGACAGUGACAUUACUACAUUGCCACACAGUGACGAUGACACACUACCUCCUUCUCAUGUGAUUGAUUCACUGGAAUUGGAGAUAAAUUCACAGUCUCUACAACUUUCUGACACACUUGAUGAAGUUCAAAGUACCUUACUGGAAAGCAGCACCUUGGAAUUGUUUGUUGAAGACAUACCAAUUCAGCCUUACAGUGAUACCCCAGGUUCCUGGAUAUCCAAAGUGGUUCAAUGUGAAGUUUGAAAAUGAUACUGCUAUUUACACAUACGAAUUGAUGAACGAU